AGAAUGCAAUGAUUAAUGUAUUUUUCUCCUGUUUUAACCAGUGCCAUGGCUGAGGCAGGAGGCCCCACUCAUCUUCUAGAUGUCUGUAGUCGGAAGUUCACAGAAUUCUUGUUCAAUGCUGAACAUAAAUGCUUGGUGUGGUUGCGGGAAAUCGAGGACGAAGCCCUGAAGAUGUUUGAUAGCAACUUCAGUGCUGAGCCUGAGCUGAUGCCCAAAACGCCUUCUCAAAAGAAGUAUCGGAAGAAGAAACGAUCUUCAUGUUUUAAGGAUGAAUAUAAGGAAAUAACUAGAAAAAGACUGUCUAGAAGACGAAGCAGUGUAAAGAUAGUACCUUCUCAGUGUCUGUCACCAUGUGAAGAGAAACUGAAAAAAAUUGAUGUGGGGAUGGCAAGAUCCAUGUCUGGUUUUGCGGCCUGCUCUGCUGCUAAACCAACUUCAGAAGUACAGUGUGACAAGUUGACUAUGUAUCCAGCAGGUGGUGGAGCACUUGGUACUGACUGUAGCCAAAAUAGUGAAUUAUCAGGAAAACUGAAUGAGGAGAUGAAUGGAGACCCUGAAAUCAUCACUGUGGGUUCUAGUGGCUGUUCAGUUGCUAGGCCUGGGGCUACAGAGGCUGUAGGUGUAGCAAAUAGCUCUGCGCUGGUGCUGACAGACACAACUGAUCCGGGAAACACAGAAAAAGAUGCUGUCAGAUCAAUGCGUACAUCCACUCCAAACACUUCUUUGAAUGAAAAAGCAAUGUGUGAAAUUGAAGACUUUCCUGCCCAAGAACUAGUCACUAAUAUGGUGCCCGAGGGAGAGUUUUCCCGAGGGUUAAAGAGCAACACUGGAACUUCUGCAAACUCUCAGUCAAGCCACCCCCCUCCAAAUAGACCUCGCAAGAGCAGGCGGGUGUCACUCGCGGAGAAAUACUCACUAGCCAACAAAAGGAAAAGCAUGAUUCGGAAAUCCAUCCACAAGAGCGUUGCUCAGAAGAAAGCAGUUUGGGACUCCUCAUCUACCUCUAGCCAAGUAAGCUGCCACAAUUCCAUUGAUAUAUUCAUAGAUGAUGAAACCAGCAAACAUAGGCCUUUUUUGGCACAGAAUGCUGAAACCGGUGAGGCUUUGAACACACUACGAAAUAUGACUUGUGCUCUGGGUGCACCUAGUCUGAAUAUUUGUUGCACUCUGCAAAGUCCAGUUCCACUUGAGAUGCAGCAAGGGGAAUCAUUCAGUAAAGAAACAGCUGAAACUAAAAUUACUGACACCCAGGUCUGUGGAGCUGACUAUUCAGCCCAGAACUGUCCCCAUGAGCAAUUGCAGAAUAUACGGAGCCAGAGUUAUAAACAAGCAAUGGAUGAGCUGCCUGCUGCCCAGCAGACACAGGAUGGAGGCGCUUCUCUUCCUAGUCACAAACCCACAUCUCCUGCAAACAAGCCCUUAUCUGGCCCAGGCAAGAUCGCACGGCCUUUCAAAAACUUCUUCCAGACAAUACAGAAGAGCCAGCUACUCAAAUCCCCAGGGUCUGCAGGCCACAAUAGUGUCAUGAAAAAUCUCAUCAAACGUGGCACCCCCAGUAAGCCUACCUCCAAGGGAGAGUUUGUUGCAAAGGAGCGACAGCGUCUUGAGAGUUUGCGGAAAAAGCAAGAAGCUGAGCAGCAGAGGAAGCAGAAAGUUGAGGAAGAAAAAAAGCGGCGACUAGAAGAGAUAAGGCUAAAGCGGGAAGAACGGCUAAGAAAGACACUGCAAGCUCGAGAACGGGUGGAGCAGAUGGGGGAAGAAAAGAGAAGGAGAAUGGAGCAGAAGUUAUCUCAACAUGAAGAAAGGAGCGAGAAGGUGCGGGAAGAGAAAGUAGCAGAGGAAAAGACCAAGAAAAGAAUAUCUACUAAGAAAAUGGGGGAAGCAGAAGCGCGAAAACAGAAGGUACUUCAGAUGGAUGAAGGGCACAAACUUCGAGAGUGGAAGACCGUUGGAGAAAUUAAGAAAAUGCUGGAGCACAAUUGCACAAAACAGGGGAAAGGACACCAUGGACAGCAUGAUAAAGAGAAAUUGGUGAGACCCCAGGAGCUAGCAGUAGUUACAGAAGAGGAAGAAAAUCUGAAGGAUGAACAGAAUUCUACCCGCCUAGACGAGCUGCAGCAAGAAAAGAAAGCUGUGCAGGUGGACACAGUUCCUGCUGCUAAUAAAUGGUUGAAUAUAACUGCCCAGAAAUCUCCUGCUGGCCGCUCUAGUCAAAUGAGCCCCCAAGGUCUGAAAGGUACCAAGUCCCUCAAAGUCAACCACAAUGACUAUGGAAUGGACUUGAAUAGCGAUGACUCCACGGAUGACGAAAGCGAGCCCAGGAAACCCAUCCCUGCAUGGGCCACUGGUCUUCAGCUUAAUGAAGCUGUUACAUACCAAUACUACAACCCUCCAGACAUCAACAAGUUCUUUGGAGUAAUCUUAAGUCCUAAACUAGAAGCUAUCUUCUACAAAAGUAAGCCGAGGUAUUUCAAGCGCACAAGUUCAGCUGUUUGGCAGUCUCCACCUCUUCCAGGUACCAAAGCAGCAUUGCGUGCCUCUAACAGUAUGAAGAAGCACUGAAGCUGUGUAGAACCACUUAUGGCGCUCAGCUGUUUUUUGUCUGUCAUGUCUAUGUAAAAUGCAUCUGUAAGGUAUUUUAAUGUUUUAUAUCUUGUGCAAUAAAGGUUUAAAUGCUGAAA